GUCAAAAAGGCAAAAGAUCGUUUGUUGACAAACCGCUUAUCACAUCAGAAUAAUAAUUUUGUAUUAUGUUUUCCCCUUUCCGGUCACCGUGUAUGAUAUCUGUAUUCUGUACGGUGUGCAAGUGCAUUGCGUAGUGUGGACGUAGUUGGACUAUUGCAAAUUAUUAAUAUAAAACAAAGUGCAACUAAAGUUUACUUUUUUACAUUUAUAUUUCAAAUAGGUAUAUACUGUAACAAGUUUGUGGGAUAGUGAUCUACAUUAUGACUUCCAGUGAACAAGAUACCAGUGAAUCUUCUAACUACGGCUCUCCGUUUUCACACAGCCAAUAUUCACCACUUUCUUAUAAUAAUUCUCCCUCACAAGUUAUUUAUCUAACUAACGGAAUGACGGAACUAGCCUGUGAGGAUGUGGAACAAGCCAAGAAACCAUUCUUACAAAUUAUUGAGCAGCCGCAAUCAUAUUUUCGGUUUAGGUAUAAAAGUGAAAUGAUCGGAACACAUGGCUGUCUGCUGGGUGAUAACUACAUUCCCGGGAAACCUAAAAGUCAUCCAACAGUUGAGCUCUGCAAUUAUUCUGGAAGCGCUGUUAUCGGAUGUCACCUGGUGCGGCAUGAUGCUGACCUAGAGCACCCGCAUACCUUGACUGAAGACGACCAGGACAAACAAAUUAGCAGCGUACUACCGCAACGAGGAAGUUAUAAAGUUGGAUUUGGAGGUAUGGGUAUCAUUCACACAGCAAAGAAAGAGGUCUCCAAACUACUGUACAAUAAGUACACGCAAUGUAUCACUGAAUCAAAUCUUGAUGAACACGCGCUCCGUGUGAAAUGUGAUAACGAGGCAAAGAGAAUCAAUUUAAACAUUGUAAGACUAAAGUUUACUGCUCACGAUGUCUCUGGCAGCGUCAUAUGUCCUCCUGUGUUCUCGAACCCAAUACAUAAUAUGAAGAGCGCUGAAACAAAUGAUCUGAGAAUAUGUCGGUCAAGUCGUUGGCACGGUCGCGCGGCGGGCGGAGACGAGGUGUUUAUAUUCGUGGAGAAAGUUAAUAGAAAGAACAUCCAGGUGCGAUUCUUCGAGACAGAUGAGAGCGGUGACAGAAUAUGGUCGAAAGAGGCUGACUUUCAACAUGGAGACGUUCAUCAUCAGUACGCGAUCGCUUUCAGGACACCUGCUUACCGGGAUAAGAGUAUAGCAUCCAACGUCGAAGUAAAGUUUGAGCUGGUGAGACCCAGUGAUGGACGGGUCAGUGCUCCAUUGAAGUUUCUGUAUAAGGCAGAUCCUUUCUUAAGACAUAACAAGAAACGAAAAGCAACCUCUAGUAACUCAUCGCUCAGCAGCUUAGGUGGCUCUAUCAAAAGUUUCAGUGAUCUUCCACUUACUGUGAACGAAAUAAAUGAAAACGUCACAAUAAAGAAUAUAGAAGUACCUGCAGUCCAGAACACCUUUAUAUGUCACCCAUCACAAAGCACCGAUUUAAUGGCGGAUGCAUUGCUUGAAGAUAUAUCGGAAUGUAAUAGCGGUGACAAGCUACUCACGUACACCAGCCCUAUGCUGGGUCAGCCAAAUGUGCCGCCGGUGCCAGUGCUGCAUUUCAACUCCUCGGAGAUGUUCAGAUUAUUGGAGACCAGCGGGAACGGGAAUUUACCCUCCGAAGAGAGAAGGCGCUAUGUUGACUCUAUGAACCUUGCAGAAUACUUGGGCUCGUUUAGUGAAAACACUUCAAUUGACAUGAAUCCAGUGGCGGCCUUCUUGAGGAGUUCCGUUAUGAUGGCUGAUGAUUCGGAGAAGCUCCAGUACCAAGGGUCUACUUUAGGUAUCGAAGUUCAAACUCCGAUAUCGAAAAUAGUGAGACGAGAACGAAAAGAAACCCCCGAUGAAUAUAGUGCGGCUUAUACCGUGGACGAUGGCGCUAAAGUUAAAGAUCAUGUACGUGAUCUAUGUGAAAUGAUUCGCAACAAGUCGCGUUACAAGAAGGAAGCUGUCCGCAACAAACUCACACAGCUGUUCGACGUACGACUCUCUAACGGAGACACGUUCCUCCACAUGUCCGUCAACACCCGGCAGCCCAGCGUCAAGAUCACCGCGGAGCUGAGCCACAGCCUGGGCAUGGCGCACCUCCUCAACCUGCAGAACCGGCACUUGCAGACUGCGCUACACCUGGCCACAGCUCACAACCACGCCUUGAUACCUCUACUGAUCAGAUGUGGUUGUGACCCCAUGUUACAAGACGAGGACGGUAACAAUGCGGUGCAUUACGCCGUCAUCUACGACGCAGGACUGGAACACUUGUUGAAGGCUAUGGAUGAAAAUAAUGUCCCGCGAGACUUGGACGUUUACAACUACGAUCGCCAGACGGCGGCCCACCUGUGUGCGGUCCUGGGCCGGCCGCGCUCCCUGCGCCGCCUGCUGCGGGCCGGCGCCCGGGCUCACGUCCCCGACGGCGCGGGCCGGGCCGCCCUGCACCUGGCCACCGGGCUGGCUGACUACGAGGCGCUCCUGGCCGCCAUCGCACCCAGUGACAUUGACAUGGUGGACGGGCGAGGAUACACCGCCCUUCAGCUUGUGUGUGACAGACCAGUGAGCGAGGAGACAUUGCAGAUAGCGAGGCUGUUGCUGGAGAAAAAGGCGGAUCCGAAAAAAUUUAACAAUACGAACAAACCAGCGUGGCAGCUCGCGAUGGACAAGCCAGAGCUGAUGAAGAUACUGCAGGACUACGGACACAUCAGCCCUGGACUGACUGCAGGAGUCAGCAAGGUGGAGCCUGAAGACGAAUACGAGUCAUCUGAGAAAAGGAAGCGAAACUCAGGUGUGUCGAAGAAAUGGUACUUACUGCCAAGAGAGUCGGCGUCCGAUGAUUCUGACUAUGAACUAUGCAUGCUACCGACGAUAUCACAGAGGAAAGAAAGUGACGAAGAAUUACAACUAUGACUCGCAUAUUAUGGUGCCAAGAACUUCAAAGACAAUCCAAUCUUUACUUAUAACGCCUUAUUCGAAACAUUUUUUGCCAUUUCUUGUGCUUGGCGAUGAAUAAAAACUCGUUUUUAUUGAACGGAACAUGAUGGACUCCGGUCAGUCAUUAAUUAAAUAAAAAAUAUAGGAAAAUGGUUCAAAUUGUAUUUAUGACAAUUUUGAGCUCUUCGAGUUAAAAAAUCUGAUAAAAGAUAAAUAAAACCUUAUUUUAUAAAUUUUCAAACCUCAAUUACUUAUGAAUGAGCAAACAGAUUUUCACGCAGUUGUUCGCAGUUUUUUGAGCCUAAUAAAGAAUCUUUGAGAUUCAAUUCAUCGAACUUGGAAUUUCGAAGUAAUUCCGAAAAAACACUUUUCGAUUUUCUUUCGUCAACGAUAACUCACGAAUGAAUUAAUCGAUUUGGUCCGAGUUAGUGGCAGAUGACGUGGUUUUUUGAUGUUAAUAGCAGUUUAGUUUUUGGAAUCGAUCGGUAAUGCCAUCUAAGUGAAGGUGACGAGCGUUGUUGUAGUGCCGCUCAGAACUUUUGGUUCCAAGAAUCCUGAGUGGCAUUAUAAUGGGCAGGGCGUAUCAAUUACCAUAAGCUGAACGUCCUACUCGUCUCCUCUCUACAAAUAGAAUUUGGGGUGUAACAAAAUAAAAUACGCCAUUUAAAAAAAUAUUUAUGUACUGUUUUCAAUUUUUUUUUGGUUGUAUUAUAUGUGUUACUCAUUCGCUUGUCAUUUUUAUUUCGUACAGAGCUGUCAUUAUUUGACAAUUAUUGUAGUUCCCCUCAACCCGCGAAAAUUCAAAUAUUUUUAUUUAAAAUAGGAUUUUCGGCAUGGUAUGCCUCAGACCUGGAGGUCUACUCGCAAAAUCGACAACGAUACAUUUGGAACGAUACGAUAAUACUCCAAAUAUAUCGCAACUGUAGGACUAUCCUACUCUUACAAAUGUUUGAAUUCCUUAUCGUUUAUCGUUCCAUAGACUAAUAUUUUGAUUUUUUUACGAUGAUAGUGUGAAUAAAAUAUGUUCAAACCUAAACAUUAUCUGUGCUAUGUGGCUGUUAAGUGUCAAAAGUCAAAACAUAGUUUAAGCGCUAAGGACCAUGCCAGACUCUGCACCACCAAUUUGGUAUCAUUUUAAGUAACUCAACCCUUCUCGUUGACUUUCUAUUUCUCAGGCGGCCAUUUGCAUUAUUUCUACGCAUAAACGAUCAACAAAAUGACUUAAAUGACUUAGUAGUAAAAAAAUCCUGUUGAAUAGUAAAUCACAUAUAAUUAUUUCAAUAAUAUUUAUUAAGUAUGUAUAUUGUAUGGCAAAUAUAUCUAUACAACUUGAAACGAUAAUAGCAUCGACAGCCUAGAAGGUGUCGUUGAGAUUAUCGUAAAAGUGACUUUUGAUUAUUUGUGAAAUUCGAAUAUUCAUCUCUGACAUUUUCAACUAAGAGUAGGGUUAGGACCGAUAUUAUCGAAUAAUGUUUCGUUCGUUCAAUCAUCGUUUCGACAUUGAUAACGAUGUAACUAAGAGUAGGAUUCGACACGACUAAUGCGACGAUUUAUCGAAUAUCGAUUUUAGGAGUAGGCCCCCUGAGGAAAACGGGCGCAAUAAACUCAGCGGUCUUCUUUUUCUUCAAAAUUGGUUACAAUAAAAAUGGGUCGGUCGUCUAACUUUCAAUUAUAAAUUCUUCUUGGAUUCCGUGUCGAAUGGUUAAUUCCUCCAAAGCCUUAGAUUAUUGCGGUUAAUCCGUAUUCAUGACAAUACUUUCAUUUAUUAUUUUAUGUUAGAUUGAACAUUUGCGCUAAUGUUACUCCACUCAUGGUAAUGUUCAAUAUAGUUCCAUGUUAUGUUUUUAUUAUGUACUCAAUCUACUUAAACUAAGUCACAAGUAUUUUGAAUUUAUGUGUAUAGUUCGAUUAGCCUCUUAUAUUUUGAGUUUUAUUUUAUCUAAUUUUGACUUGAUGACUGUGACUGACAAAAUUGAAAUUUUGAAUUUUUGACACUAUUUUGUAUAAGUACACAAAUGAAGGAAACCUUAUUUUUUUAUUAUUAUAGUACCUACUUAUUUUAUUAUAUAAUAUAUAUAUUAUUUGCUGUAAAAACUUAAAAAAGCAAGAAAGAACCCGUUUAUAACAAAAUAAGAAAAUAUGAGUGAAAAUUUUUUAAAAAAGGUAAUUAAGGCCGAUUUUAGCCUUGUUAUUAUAUAAUUAUGUAUCUCGAUAUCGUAUGAAUAAUGUGUUCAGUUGAAUAAUUCAAUUAAAUAAAAGUAUAAAGAUUCAAA